UACAUGAUAAGUGGCAUAAUGUGUGGUGGACAUUGCUCGCGCUAAACCGCCCGCAUUUUUCAGUAUGUGUGAUUCGAGCCUCCUUCGAUUGGGCGUUCAUGCCACUCUGGAGGCUAAAUGGCGACGCCCAAAACCAAGCAGAUCCCAGAAAAAGUUGAGUUCACUUUUGUAGCCCAAGAUAUACUGCACGUAAAGCAGCAUCAGGGAACUCUUCAAUGUCUCCAGCUUAACGCGACCGAGUGCAUCGUCGAUAUCCCCCCGUAUGCCAUCCUGUCGCAUACAUGGGGUGGCGAUGAGAUCUCCUUCGCUAAGAUUGUGAAUCCAGCGAACGACCUUACCGGCAGGCAGGGCUACGACAAGAUCGGCUCAGCAUGUCUCCAGGCGCAAAGCCAGCAUCAGGCUCUGAAUCAUAUAUGGAUCGACACUUGCUGCAUCGACAAAUCCAGCAGCGCAGAAUUGACAGAAGCCAUCAACUCCAUGUACACCUGGUACGCGCGUUCCGAAGUCUGCUACGCCUAUCUUUCGGAUUUGGAGGCUACCGCGCCGUUGGACCAGCUGGGAGCGUGCCGCUGGUUUACCCGGGGAUGGACGCUCCAAGAACUCAUCGCUCCAGAAUGCAUUAUCUUCUUCGACGCACAAUGGAACAGGAGGGGAACAAAGGAGGACCUCGCCGAAAGGCUCUCGCACAUCACCGGGAUCGACCGAGACAUUCUUUUGCACAGGCGGCGAUUGUCCUCGGUGUCUGUUGCACAAAAGAUGUCUUGGGCUGCGGGGAGGCAGACGACAAGGGUUGAGGACAGUGCGUAUUGUCUCUUGGGCAUUUUCGGAGUGCACCACCCUUUCAUAUACGGCGAGGGGAAGCGGGCUUUCCGACGACUGCAAGACACCAUCGUCAGCUCUGUGCCCGACCUGAGCAUUUUCGCCUGGAAGCUGGAGCCAUCUCUUGCUACCACGGCCAGCAAACCUCAACGCCGCGAGUACUCCGGAAAUAUUUCUUGGAGCGGUUGA